AUGUUCGCCUGGAUACUCAUACCCCUUUUUGAGAAAAUCGACGCCAGACUAGAAAAGUCGGGCAAUUUCGAUUCCUUGCAAAAAUUCCGCCUUUCAGUUGUCAAUUAUUAUAUCAAGCAUGACCCAAGGCUUAAGCACUUUGAGCUUCAAGAGGUUCUCACAGUGAUAUCCGGGCUCGACCUAUUACUUCGAUAUUCUGUCCAACGGGAAGAGUCUUUGAAGCAGAAGUGCCAGAUAUUGGAAAGAAAGGAACAGACCCCAGAAGUGGAGAGACAUAUCAAACACAAUCUUAACCUUCUCAGAGACUCUCCGAAGCAGUAUUGGCAAUACGAACGAGAGCUUUACAAAUUCGAAUCCUCGCUUCCAGCCGGCCCACUGCGCAGGGCUUAUGAUACCAAUCGAUCUAAUCCUAAGUGGUAUCUCCACCCUGACCUGACAAAUGACUGCGCAGGAAGAGGUGGAUGCUGCGGCCGUCAGUGUGGUUGCUGCGAAAAACGUGAACCAACUCCCGAAAGACCUCGAGGGCUUGGCCACUGCACUGUUGAAUGCAGUUGUUGCGCUAACGCCCGGGGAUUCGAGAUACUGCCACUGGGAACGGACAACAUUUGGCAGGAGACUACCAAGCGUCUCAUGGAGGAAUUCGCUGAUAUGCAUCAUUAUGGCAAUAAGACCUCCCAUGCUCGAUAUAUGCGGGCGUUCUUUAGUGGUCUUCAGUCGGAAAGGGACCAAGCACCAAAAUGGAAAUAG